AGAGCCCUCAGAGUCCCCGAGCUCAGGCCAUGGCGCACAUCCCCGGCCCGUGGCAGCCCGGCAGCUGGCUGAUCCUGGCUGUCCUGAUCAGCCUUGUGCACAGCCAGCAUGUGUUCCUGGCCCCUCAGCAAGCUCUGUCGCUGCUGCAGCGGGUGCGGCGGGCCAACAGCGGCUUCCUGGAGGAGCUGCGCAAGGGGAACCUGGAGCGAGAGUGCAUCGAGGAGCAGUGCAGCUAUGAGGAGGCCUUUGAGGCCCUGGAGUCCAGGGACGACACGGAUGCGUUCUGGGUCAAGUACACAGAGACAGGCGGGGACAGAGGCCCCACAUCCUUGCGCAUGCUGAACUGGGGUGGGGUCUCUGCAGGGAACUGCGCGCCGGGGCUGGUCCAGCCCUACUUUGGGAACGUGAGCGUCACCCGGUCAGGCAUUGAGUGCCAGCUCUGGAGGAGCCGCUACCCGCAUAAGCCUGAAAUCAACUCCACCACGCACCCUAAGGCCGACCUGAGGGAGAACUUCUGCCGCAACCCAGAAGGCAGCACCGUGGGACCCUGGUGCUACACAACAGACCCCACGGUGCGGAGGGAGGAGUGCAGCAUCCCCUUGUGUGGUCAGGAGGAUUUCACAGCGGAGCCCAGGCCACGCUUUCGAGACGCCAGCUGGCAGACCACAGCCCCAUCGGGGUCAUGUGUCCCCGACCGUGGCCAGCAGUACGAGGGCCACCUGGCGGUGACCACCCUCGGCUCCACGUGCCUGCCCUGGGGCAGCUCUCAGGCCAAGGACCUGAGCAAGGACCAGGACUUCAACACAGCAGUAUCCCUGGUGGAGAACUUCUGCCGGAACCCGGACGGGGAUGAGGAGGGCGUGUGGUGCUAUGUGGCUGGGCAGCCUGGUGACUUUGAGUACUGCGACCUCAACUACUGCGACCAGUCCCUGGAUGAGGAGGAGGAGGAGGACGCCGACGGGGCCAUCCAAGGGCGCACCACCACCCAGGAAUACCAGCCCUUUUUCAACGAGAGGACCUUCGGCAAGGGCGAGGCAGACUGUGGCCUGCGGCCUCUCUUCGAGAAGAAGUCCGUGUCGGACAAGACGGAAAACGAGCUGUUGGACUCCUACAUAGAAGGCCGCAUCGUGGAGGGCUUCGAGGCGGAGAUUGGCCUCGCGCCCUGGCAGGUGAUGCUUUUCCGGAAGAGUCCCCAGGAGCUGCUGUGCGGGGCCAGCCUCAUCAGUGACCGCUGGGUUCUCACCGCAGCUCACUGCCUGUUUUACCCACCCUGGGACAAGAACUUCACUGUCAACGACCUUCUGGUGCGCAUCGGCAAACACUACCGCACCAGGUAUGAGCGGGGCAUUGAGAAGAUCUCCAUGCUGGAGAGGAUCAUCAUCCACCCCAGGUACAACUGGAAGGAGAACCUGGACCGGGACAUUGCACUGAUGAAGCUCAAGAAACCCAUCCUCUUCAGCGACUACAUCCACCCAAUCUGCCUGCCAGACAAGGAGACAGCAACCAGAUUGCUGCAGGCUGGGCACAAAGGGCGGGUAACCGGCUGGGGCAACCUGAGGGAGACGUGGAGCCCUGGUGAAGGCGACCUGCAGCCCAACAUCCUGCAGGUGGUGAACCUGCCCAUCGUGGAAAGGCCCGUGUGCAAGGCCUCCACCCACAUUCGCAUCACGGACAACAUGUUCUGUGCUGGUUACAACCAAGAGGAAGGGCUAAGAGGGGAUGCUUGCGAAGGCGACAGUGGGGGACCCUUUGUCAUGAAGAGCUCCUUCAACAACCGCUGGUAUCAAAUGGGCAUCGUCUCGUGGGGGGAAGGCUGUGACCGGGAUGGGAAAUACGGCUUCUACACACACGUGUUCCGCCUGAAGAAGUGGAUACAGAAGGUCAUCGAACGGUUUGGGGAGUAGCGCACCCCCACAUCCUGGGCUCCUUAAUGGCAACACCACAGAGAUCAAGCCAGUUCAGGGAUUAUUUCUGUUGCUUGGUUCUAAAACUAGAGUUCUCAAUAAAAUAAUAAACUAA